UCCUGUGUCAGCAAACACACUGCUACUACAGCCCUGGCCUGAGCAAACACAGGUCUGCGAUACAUGCGGUGACGCCCAGCACCCCCCAGGCUCAUUUAUAACGAGGCAGGAUCUACUGUGUGAAAGGCUUUCGGAUUUAAAUGCCCCCCCUCUCCCCCCCAUUGAGAGGGCAAAGAAAAGGAAACCAUAGCAACUGACACACACUAAGCCCUCGACACAGCUUCCUCCAGUCUGGUUUAUGAAUCGAGAGAAAGUAGCUACUCUCUUUAACACAGAUUUAUAGCUACUUUUAAAACACUGAGGUCCCUGAAUUGAAAAGAGGCAGUCAGUAAUGCAGUAAAUCAAAAAGACUUGUGUCUCCAGAUUGAGGCAGUGAGUGCAGUGACAGCAUGGACUUUCCAGAGUUUAACUGCAUCUGUGAACUCUGUGACUGUGGUCGACACAAACACCACAAGAACUGCCUGAAGAGGAACACCACAGUGCAGAUAGGCUCUGAGAGCAAGCAGUGCCACCUGACUCACUACCAAUCCACCUUCACCCUCCCCCACAAUGCACGUCUUCGAAGCAGCAAGCGCCCCCUGCGGACCCCCCUGCACUGCAACCCCCCCGCCAUGCAGUUCCAAACCACCCAGCGCAGAGAGUUCAUCCCACGUCUGCUCGCAGAGAGGACCCAGCCCGCUUUCAAGAAGGAGCAGUACCGGCCCCCACAGGAGCCCCUUCAAGGCCAGACCGUCUACAGCCUGGACUUCCCUGCCAAGCAGCCCGAGGCGCUGGUGAUGCGGCGGCCCAAGAGCACGAUGCAGAGAGCUGGAGGAGCCGCUGCAAAGAUCAGCAGCACCACCACUGCCCGGGAGAGCUACCAGGGGCGCAGGGGGGGACCCCAGCUCCGAUUCGGGGAGCUGCCAGCCAUCGUAGGCUCCCUGCUCUACCCUGACCAGAAGGAGGAGAUGCGCACGACCACACAGAGAGAGUUCAUCAAGAAAGCUGGAGCCAAACCUGAGCUCAUCAGAGCUGUGCAGUGCAACCUCAAGAUUGAAGGGGAGAGAGACAUGAAGACCACCCAUCAGACUGUGUUCCAGCCCCUGCCCCUGGAGAAGGCCCUGGCAGUGCCCAGACCCAGGCUGUCCGAGAGGGAGGCAGCGCUGAGGGGCGCUCACAUGGAGUCUGUCACCAAGUACCGCUCUGACUAUCCUGCGCACCACUCCCUCCCCGAGCGGAGAGAGCUUGUCCGCCCCCCUGCAGACAACCUGGCCAUCAACCACAGCCUGCGUGGAGAUUUCAAGACGGUGCAGAGGGAGACAUUCCCAGGCUGGGACACCUCAAAAUACAAGAGGCCAGACCCCGCCCACUUCAAGGAGGAGCUCUCCGAUAGGGAGAGGGAGGCUCACUUCCAAGGAGACACCGUCACCAAGCUUGCAUACCAGCCCAUUCAAUGUCUUGGCUUGUGUUCUCUCUUGCAGCUUGCAUACCAGCCCAUUCAAUGUCUUGUCUUGUGUUCUCUCUUGCAGCUUGCAUACCAGCCCAUUCAAUGUCUUGUCUUGUGUUUUCUCUUGCAGCUUGCAUACCAGCCCAUUCCUCUGAACACUCUGCAGCUGGAGCCCAUCAAGCGGCCUGCGACGGUGCUGAAGCCUCACGAUGCCAGGUUCGAGGACACCACAGCCAACAGGGUGUUCUUCCAGGACUGGGGGGUCCAGCCCAGGGUGCGCUACGGAGAUCCAUACGACGGGAGCUGCAUCCGGCCCCUGGGGAGGUUUGAAACCGAGACCACAAACAGGAGCACAUUCUACCAGAAGGCGGCAGAGAUGGUGACCAACUGCAAACCAGAGCACAAGCCCAUCGAGGCUGUGGGAGAGCACGACUUCACCACUGUGCACCAGGAGACCUACAGGCCUCUCAAUCUCCCAGUGUGUCGGCUCCAGGCAUACCUUUUGCAGCAACAGCAGAUGAAGGAAAAUACGCCCCCUGCUGUGCCCUCUUAAAUGCGCACCGAGGACCCAAUGCACCCUAGAGGGGUUUCUGAAAAAUGUUACUCGAUAGGUCGUUUGUUUAGUUUAACUAAUUAUGCAUUUACACCAACUAUAACAAUAUUUUAAGUCCUACUAGUACUUUAGAUCCUUUAAUAAAAAAUUAUAAAAACUACA